GUUUUGUUUUGUUUUGUUUUUGCGAUGGGGUGGAGCAUACACCGGAAAGCAAGGUGGCGCUGCUCAACUUGAAUGCCAGCAUCUUCUGUGGUAGUAAGAAAGCAACCUUUCCAGCUGUUGGACCAGCGCGUAACGUUAUGCAGAGCAAUUGGGCAUGGCUUGGAAGUCACGAACCCGCAGUUUGCAAGUGUUUGACACAGAGCUGAGUGCUGACACAGUGGAGUGGUGCCCUGUCUCGCACUGCAACAGAUUCCUGGCCUGCGGGACUUAUCAGCUGCAAAAAGGGAAAGGAGAAGAAGAUGCUGCCCCAAGCCGGACUGGUCGUUUGUACCUUUUUGAAUAUCAACGAGAAGCUUUGAGUCCUCCUCUCACUGAGCUACAGCGCAUAGAAACACCUGCCAUUUUAGAUUUGAAAUGGUGCCAUGUGCCUGUGUCAGAAAAAGUCAUUCUGGGACUGGCUGCUGCUACAGGAGAACUGCAGUUGUAUGCACUUGCAGACUGCCAGAAAGGCAGCAGUAACCUGCAGACUCUGAGCAACGUGGAUCUGGGAGCAGGACAGCUGGCUCUGUCCUUAGAUUGGUCCACUGGAAGAAUGGACAGCAGUAGUGAUGUGCGGGUGGUGUGCAGCGACUCUGCCGGUUGCGUCAGUGUGCUCUCUUUGGAUGAAGGUGCCCUGAUGACUUUGGCACAGUGGAAGGCCCACGACUUUGAGGCUUGGAUCUCAGCGUUCUCCUACUGGGACACACAGUUGAUCUACUCUGGAGGAGAUGACUCUAAGUUUAAAGGCUGGGAUCUCAGGAUUGGUCCCUCCAGCCCCACUUUCGUCAGUAAAAGGCAUUCAAUGGGCGUGUGCAGCAUGCACAGCAACCCACAUCGUGAACACAUUCUGGCUACUGGCAGCUAUGAUGAGAAGGUUCUGCUGUGGGAUGGCAGAAAUAUGCGUGAGCCUUUCAGUGAGAGUUUGUUAGGAGGUGGGGUGUGGCGGCUAAAGUGGCAUCCGACUCACCAGCAUCUGCUGCUGGCAGCGUGCAUGCACAAUGACUUCCACAUACUUCAUUGUCAACAGGCCAUGGAGUCCAACAAAGAGACUUGUCCAGUUGUGGCAUCCUACAUCCUUCACAACUCUCUGGCAUAUGGAGCGGACUGGUCUCGACUGUCUCUGGAGGAACCUGCUCCUCUCUCCCCUCCAGCUACAGAACCAAAGGAAUGCCUCACAGACAGUGGCGGACACCUGCGGAUCCAGUAUGAGUCUCCCACUGCCAGCUUUGACACUUCCCUCGAAGAUGAUUGUGGUCAAUACAUCCCAGAGGGAAUUGCGUCGCCGUCUGCCAGCUCUAAUGCAGGCGACAAUGUCACACCUGAUGAUGAUGAUGCCUCUUCAUUGUCAUUUCUCCUUGCAAGUUGCUCUUUUUAUGAUCAUAUGCUUCACUUGUGGCGAUGGGACUGGGCACCAGUUUAAGCACACGUAGAAACGGAUCAAUGUCGUGUGUGUGGGUGGGUGUGCGUGUGUUGAAUAAUGUACAGUUCUGCAGUACCAUGGACCACUUGUGUUCCUGUUGAUUGGCUUUUUACCAAGUGCUAGUCCAAUCAACAAUGGAGCACUGUUGUGAUAUGCUCGAAAAUGGUGUAGCAAAACAAAUCAAUACACAUCACCUUUACAACUUUCCCCAUUCUUUUGUUCUACCAGAUUGAAUUUGAAAUAAAAUGUAGGAAUAAAAUUCCUAUAGUAAGUCUGAAAA